AUGCUUUCCCGGGCGGCGAGACCAGCUCUGCGAGCUGCGGCUGCGGCUCCCUCGCGAGUCACGGCCAGCACGCCUGCCAACGCUGCUACCUUCGCGACCCUCCGUGAGAUCGAAGGCCGCCUCAAGUCGAUCCGCAACAUUGAGAAGAUCACUAAGACGAUGAAGAUCGUCGCUUCGACUAAGCUCAACCGUGCUCAGAAGGCCAUGACCGACUCCCGCGUCUACGGCGCUACCUCGAACCAGGUCUUCGACUCGGCUGAGACCAAGCCCCUUGAGGGUGAGGGCAAGAAGGAGCUCAUCAUCGUCUGCUCUUCUGACAAGGGUCUUUGCGGUGGUAUUCACUCCGGUCUCUCUCGUACCAUCCGCCGCCAGUUCCUCGAGAAGGACGCCACCGCCGACCUCGUCAUCCUCGGCGAGAAGUGCAAGUCCCAGCUCCAGCGCACCAACGCGAAGGACAUCCGCCUCAGCUUCGCCGGCGUCGGCAAGGACGUCCCCACCUUCGCUGAUGCCCAGGCUAUUGCCGACCAGGUCGUCCAGCUCUCCGGCGACUACUCCUCCAUCAAGAUUCUCUACAACAAGUUCAUCAACGCCACCAGCUACGAGCCCACCACCAUUGAGGCAUUUUCUGAGGAGGCCAUUGCCGCGUCCCCCAACUUCUCCGCCUUCGAGGUAGACGAGGAGCUCCUCCCUAACCUCCGCGAGUACGCGCUUGCCAACUCCAUCUACUGGGCUCUGGCCGAGGGCCACGCCUGCGAGAUCUCUGCCCGUAGAAACGCCAUGGACAAUGCUUCCAAGAACGCCGGUGACAUGAUCAACAAGUACCAGAUUCUCUUCAACCGCACCCGUCAAGCCGUCAUUACUGGAGAGCUGGUUGAGAUUAUCACCGGUGCCACUGCCUCCGAGGACAUGUAA